UGGGUCAAGUCAAUUUUCCACGAGUUUUAACAAGUUCUUUCAAACAUCCUUCUUCACAACAAAACACGAAAAGGCAAUUAAAAUGUCUGCCUCCGAACUCGCUACCAGUUACGCUGCUCUCAUUUUGGCCGACGAGGGAAUUGAAAUCACCUCCGACAAGCUUUUGUCUUUGACCAAGGCUGGUAAUGUUGAAGUUGAACCCAUCUGGGCUAGCAUCUUCGCCAAGGCUCUUGAAGGCAAGGACCUCAAGGAACUUCUUUUGAACAUUGGCUCUGGUGCUGCCGCUGCCCCUGUUGCUGGUGCUCCCGCUGCUGCUGCUGAAGCUCCUGCUGAGGAGAAGAAGGAGGAAGCCAAGGCUGAGGAAGAAUCUGACGAAGACAUGGGCUUCGGUUUGUUCGACUAAACCCCAAAAAAUAUACGAUUUUUUAGUCUUGUAUUAAUUAAAGUACCUUCCUUCCA